AUGGAACGGUUCGUUACCAAUGCCCAGCACCUGAAUGUGUGAGAUUUCACUUAUGUGAGCUGUGCAUUCACAAGCCGCUUACAGCACAACUAUGCUUUUGUGGAUACAGUCUGGCCGACGCCGCGGAAACUCAUGUUUCCACCGACUUGGCUAAAGGAAUCGGUCCCCCAAAGUUGGAUCGUGAUGGCAACCUGACGUUCGACGGGGAAGGCAAUUUGAUUCGUGAACCUGUUCCACUUCCAGCCACCACCAGCACUCCAAGACGACAAUCGGACGAAUGGGGAGACUACAAGGAGAAUUAG